CAGUACCUUUAAACAAUAUCUCAGCACGGCUAACAGCAGCCGGACAGCUAUUCAUGACAGGCCGACCACUGUCGAGCGAUGGCCAUGGACGUCCCUGUGAAUCUGAGGGUGAAUUUCAGGGGCAGGGUGGAGAGCUUCCUUGUUUCGGACUGGAAAAGGUCGAGCUGGGAGUCCAUGGAGGCCAUGAUGAAGACGUCAUUUGGUUUGACCAGCUUGCAAGUUAAAUAUUUGGAUGAGGACAAAGAGGAGGUUUUCAUAAACUCUCAAGAAGAGUAUCAAGAAGCUCUAAAGAGUGCAGUGAAGCAGGGCUACCAGCUCAACAUGAAUGUGUACAAGACGAAAGCUCCAGCGGACAGAGUGGUGAAGGCCAAGGGGAAAGAGGUGAAGACCCGUACCAGACCGGCACCACCCUACCCAUCCAUGAUCAAGACUGUGGACCGAGAGACGCAGGUGCCAAUCCUGGAGCAGGAUGGGGUGUUGUCAGAGGUAAAGGAGAGCAAAGAAGACAAUGAAGCCCCUCCACAGUGGUUUACGUCUUACAUGGAGAAGUUCAAAGACCAGGUGGUGAAGGAGGCAGUGGACAGGAUCUGUCAUGAGUUUUCCGGUCAGUGCUGCAUUCACAAGCUCCCUCACCUGGCAUCCACGGACCCAGCCGGGCCCAGCGUCCAGGUGCCCGAAGUCAGCUCCACUGUUCAGGGGGCUGCCGGCUCCACGACUUCCUGCAGCAGCUGCCAGGGGCAGAUGUCAGGGGGUGGAUACCAGUGUAGUGUGUGUCCAGCCUACACCCUUUGUGAGCAGUGCAGCUACGCCCAUGACCCCAGCCACCACCUGCUGAGAGCUGGAACUCCCCUCUCCAUCCCAGAGUAUGGGGUGCCAGGGGAACACUACAGGCUGCAGAGGCAAGGCGAACGGAGCUUCCGCAAAGCGGAGAAGCAGCGCCUGAAGGCGGAGAAGCGGCAGCUGAAGGCGGAGGUGAAGGAGAUCAGGAAGCAGCUGAGGAUGGAGAAGAGGGGCCUGCAGUUGAGCUCAGCUUGUGACCGCAGCCCUCAGCCUGUGCUGCUCGUCCCCCGGGGCACCCACAUCUCCAGUCCAGAGAGGCCUAAGAUCGCCUGCCCCACCGUGGUUCCUGCGAUGACUGCGCUGUUCCUCGAUGAGAACCUGCCCGAUGGGACCCGCAUGCAGCCUGGCACCAAGUUCAUAAAAUACUGGAAGAUGAGGAACACCGGAUCCGUGUCCUGGACCACGGAGACCAAGCUGAAGUUCAUGUGGGGCAACUUGUCCCUGGCCUCUCGGGAGAAGGAGAAGGAGGUGGCCGUGCCCUUCCUGCAGCCUGGCCAGGUGGGCGUGGUGAACGUGGCCUUCGUGGCACCGGUCAUGGAGGGCACCUACACCUCGCACUGGCGCCUCGCCCACCGCGGGGAGCAAUUUGGCCCGCGGGUGUGGUGUAGCAUCGUGGUGGACGCCGAUGCCCGACAGGAGAAUGCCUCGCCAUACUGCACUGCCCAGGAGAAGGAGCACAGCACGGCGGAUAAGGACGGGGCGUGCUCUGCCGCCGCCCGGGAUCGCACGCCUGUGUCUGCGGGCUCUGACAGGGAGUACUACAUCCCCUCUGUGGACCUGCUCACAGCACAGGACCUCCUGUCUUUCGAGCUGCUCGACAUCAACAUCGUCCAGGAGCUGGAGAGGGUGCCCCACAACACACCUGCAGACAUGACUCCAUGCAUGUCCCCUGUUCCGAACGACGGCCCCCUAUCGGAGAAGCGUAAUCUGGCCUUGAUCAAGGUUGAGGCCGAAGCAGAGGGGGUGAAAAGCCUUUUGGGGGCGGUGAAGGGGGCACCCAAGCAGCUGAUGGCCGUUCCAGCCCAAGAGGAGGGUGAGGAGGACAUUAGCGGGACACAGUUCGUGUGCGAGACCGUGAUUCGCUCGCUGACCUUGGAAGAAGCUCCGGACCGUAGACCUCUUCGCCGUGUGCAGGUCGACUGUAGCAGAGCCCAGGAGCCUCCUUUAUGCUGUGAGAGAGCUGGUCAGGAGCAGGCAGAAGGCAGAGGGAUGCCUUCUGUGGGCUCAGCAAUCGGGAAGAGUGAAGGGCCAGCCCAUGGACCCCCUGAAGCCAUGCAGGAUGAGCAAGCGGAGCCGGAGACCUGCGCGGACGGCGAGGUCAGCAAGAUUGGCAUGGAGCCCGGCAGUCAAUCGGAAGCCGAGGACGAUGGCGACAGGGACGAGGUGCGCAGCCAGGCAUCUUCUGUCUCUUCCGAGGACUACAUCGUCAUCCUGCCCGACUGCUUCGACACCAGUCGUCCGCUGGCCGAGUCCAUGUACAGCUCGGCGUUGUCGCAGGCUGGCAGCACGGAGGGCGCCCCGGUGCCCCUGGAUCGUGCCACACCGGAAGGCGAGCGCAAGGAGGAGGCCCUGUGUGCCGGUGGCGGCAAUGGUGGCGUAAACGACAUGCUGUGCACCUCCCAGACGCUGGAUGCCGUGCCCCUCACGCCGGUAGUGGUAACUACCCCAGGUCCUGCCUCUCACCUGUCACCUACCAGGUCACAGUUGUCCUGUGUGGUGGAAUCGGGGGCCAUCGCGAAUGACAAGCUGUAUCAGAGUGACGAUCCCAUGGACGGGAGCAGUCGGGAGCCUUCCCCAGUCGCAGUGACCCCACCCGACAGUGCGGACUCCAGUGAACAGGACUCACAGGACCCCAGGGCACAUGGAGGUAUCGCUGGUGGGCUUGUCAAGGGAGCUCUGUCUGUAGCAGCCUCAGCCUACAAGGCCCUCUUCACUGGCCAGCCCGGUCCGCCAUUGCCACCUGGGGAUGCGGCCAGCCAGGAUGCCACCAUGAUGGCGGUGCUGCUGGAAAUGGGCUUCGGAGACCGGCAGCUGAACCGGCGGCUGCUGCGGAAACACAACCACAACCUGCUGGACGUGGUCAACGAGCUGGUGCAGAUGGCCGACAACGAGUGGUACGCCACACGUUACUGAGAACAGAUCCUGCCACGCCAAGGCCAGCUUCCUGCUCCUGCACCUGCUCCUGCCGCUCCUCCUCCUCUCUCUCGUAGGACAGCGCUCCCGUUGCUGCAUAGAUCAACCCCACACGAGGCGGCCAGACGCCGCUGGCCGACUCCUGCGUGAGGGCGCUAGAGUGGUCUCCCCAUUUCUUUGUAUUAAACUUCACAGUGAAAGUGGCAUAUAAGUAAAAUUGUUAGGUAAAGGCCUCUGUGUUUGGUGAUAUAUUAUCUCUAACGUAGCUGGGACACUUGUGCUAUUACCAGGGUAAACAAACAAAACAGGGAAUAAGGUCAGCAUAUAUGGAGAACAGCAGUCUGACAGUCUAAACACACAAUAUAACCUCCUGCCUAAUGAUUAUUCUAGUGUACCUGCUAGAACAUAAUACGGUAGUGCUAAAUUAAUCUGGGCUUUUGUGCGACUUUAAGACAGUUGUUAUAGCUCAAACGUGUAGAUAUGUAUUGAAACUUUGUAUAAAUGACAUGCAUGAUUGUCUCUGUGGAGAGUACAACCCAUUUUUUGAAACAGGCUAGGAUAAAACAAACCGCCAUAUUGACAGGAGGAUACCAGAGGCGUUGGAGGUUUGGAAUGCACUGAACGUCACGUUAAUAAGACGCAAAGUGUUUCCUUUCCAUGGAGGACCAAGGUGGUGGUCUAGGAGCUUCACAGAGUGCUCAGUGCUUGAGAGAAAAGAGCGAGAAGGCUGGGGAGGGGGGAACAAACAUUCCUGUAUCCGUCAGUGAGACGCAUUGUGAUGUCACUGGCCUUUUUGUGCAGUAAAUGUUGAUAGACUUGGUAACGUUUCAUUUCCAUUUAAAAAUAUUCCUUAACCUUAGGUGAGCCCGGUUUUAAUCUGGGUUAUUAGUGGAUUACUAAAGUGAACCUAAGGAGAAAGAUGCUCUUUCUGAAUCUCACCUGUCUGAUUUGUCGAGAGCACGUUGUAUUAUUAUGGUGCUGUGCUUGUGAUGGACGCAGAGUUGACGCUUUUGUUAGUUCAAAUCAGUUUAGUUGUGUUAUGUAAGUGAAAGCAGCUUUAAAAGCAGGGUACACUUUGGUUUAGUCUCCAGUCCAUGCUGGCAUAGAAUAAGACCCUCUUCAUUUUUUUGUUUUUAAGAAUUCAUUACAGGAUUCUCAUAUUAGUCGGCAUGUGUUUCUGAUGUGACUUGACAGAUAAUGCUUUAAGCCAUAUGUUUUUUUUGCUGUUGUAUGUUCUCUCUCCCAUGGCUAUAAAUUUCUAUUUAGAAGUACAAUCUGGGUUUAAAGGCUCUGACUUCUUAUUUUACUUCUGUGCUACACUCGAUGGGGGGGCUGGCUCUGUUGUUCUCAAGUGAACCAGUGAUAUGUUUGGCUCACGCUGUGGUGGUAAAUAAGGGACAACUGUGUGAAAUUAACUGCAAGUGCAAGAUUCAUUUUCCCUGAAGGCUUAGACACGCUAAAAUGCUCCUCAAGAAUGAUGUGGUACAGCAGAGAAUGUUUUUGUCUUUACUAGACUGAAGAGAUAUAUAUAUUCUUUGUCCGAUAAAUUGUCCAAAGCAACCCAAAUAAGUGAUUUGAGUGCUGUGCAUUUGAACUUUUACAAUAUGCGUGUGGAAGGAAAAUGUAGAGGAAUAAAACAUUUUUAUGAAAAUUUAAAGUAAAAGUGAGCAGAGUUCAAUGUGCUUUUAAUUUUUUAGUCUUGAAGAGCCUCAACUCAGCAUGACCAAUAUAAGGGGGUGUGAGAUGACAUUGUUUGCCUGAAAUUCAUUUGGCAACACAUUGCUGGGGGAAAUUGUAAUGGGUUCAACAAGAUUGUAUGUGUAUCAAGGGAUUUAAGUACUGGGUCCCACGGUACAUUCCGGGGGGGGAGAGACUUAAGUACAAACCAGUAGAAUUAACUUUUCUUAGUGGUGGCCAGCAAGGGGGUCAGUUAGCGGUGUCAGUUGCUUAUUAAGGUUGGGGGAGAAAAAAGAAAUUGUAUGUCUGUAGCACAGGUUUCUGUUUCUUUGUCAUACUGUCCUCGCAGUUUUCCUAGGCUUGUGGCCGUAAAUUGGAGGCAAACGCUAUUUUUUUCAGCUUAUAGAUGAGGAAAAGAGAUAAUAAAAUUUAGCAUUUGAUAAUCAUUGUGUUUUUCCUUAGGGAAAGCAAAGUCUAGGUUUACUGUGAAACAGGAAAUGGUAUUUAUUAAUGAGUACCUGCAUCAGUGCUAAGUGUUUGACUCUUAGGUGUUAUUGAGAAAUGCUGGGGCUUGAGGUGGAAUUGCUGUGAAGGUUCAGUUCAUAGGUGUCUUAAUGGGAAUUGGUUUUUCCUUCAUGGUGAUAUCGCAGCCUUCAGUGGAACCUCUCCUCCACUCUUUAGUGAUUAGACACAUUUUAAAUGGCACCAAAGGGGUUUUAAUGACUAGAUAAUGGCAGCAUGUCUGUUCCCCUUAUGUUUGGAUGGAGUGUGGAAUUGCCCUGCUGCUGAAGGUCAGGAGCUGGUUUCACUGAAGGCUCUGUUGCAUGAGCUGAGCAUGGGAUCUUAGGGGGACUGACUGCUUUCAUGCUUUUUGUUUUAUGUUGGAUAAGCACUUUACAGAAACGCACCUGUUCUAAAAUCAUGUUUGUUGCUGAUAUGAUUUAAUAAAGUUAAUUAUAAUAUCA